UGUGUUGUUUGUCUUACGAUUGUUGGGUUGAGAUCAGCUAUUUUUAGAUAGCUUGCGGCGUGAAAAGAAUCUGUGUGGAGGACGUUUGGCUGGAGGACCACUGACGGCGAGUUGACGGCGAGGUGGUUUGAAGUAGAGGAGGAGGGAAAUAAAGCGAUUUGCUCAGAGAUAUGGGGUCAAGCAAGAGGUAUCCAAGUAGGUUGUAUGGGGUUGGUAAUUUUCCACUGCCGAUGAGAAGCAUGCACCACGAUUGUAGUUUGUCCAAUCUUGGUGGUUUGAAAGGCUUUGUUGGUGAUGAGGUGUAUGACAAAAUAAGAAAGAAUUCGCAGCUGGGAGUUCUAUUGGAUCUAGCCGAAUCUGACUACCUGUUUUGUGGGAAGACCAUCCAUUAUCUAUUGUCCAAUCAAUUGGCAAUAAACAUUCCUUCGGAGGUAUGGUUUUUGGUUGGAGGAAAGCCGCUGAGGUUCUCUCUAUAUGAAUAUGAAGAAAUUAGUGGUUUGAAUUGUGAGAAGAUUGAUGAAACAGAGUUUGAAGUCGAUCAUACACCUUUAUGGGCGGCUUUAAAGGUGAAAGCUUUUAAUGGACCCAACUGGGAGGAGCUAGUUGAGGGUUUGAGAAGCUGCCGUGGGUGGUCUGAUGAAAUGAAGACGCAGAUAGCUCGGUUGUAUCUUGUUCAUGUUGGAGUGCUUGGUUUAUCAAGGAACAGUCGGAUUCCUCUGGAAUACGCUAAAAGGGCGUUGAAUGAAGAAGCAUUUGAGAGUUUUCAAUGGGGUAGGGUUGGAUUCAAGAGUUUAGUUGAUUCCAUCAAAGUCCUUGGGUUACCUAACAAUGCUUAUACCCUCCAUGGAUGUGUCCAUGUAUUGCUGAUAUGGGCAUUUGAGAGCGUGAAGGUGCUGGGGGCUAGCUACGGGAAUGUAAGAGAAGGUGUAGAUUUGCCUCUGUUAAGGUGGAGAGGAGGGAGGCCAAGGAAGGAUAUCGAAGCCUUCAUAUCCGGGAGCAAACUCCUUAAUAAUGGGGAGCUUCAGGUGAAGCAUUUAGUACCUAAACCUUUGGAGUUCAUAUAUCCAGAUUGGCCAGGACAGUAUUGUGUGUAUGGUGUAGGAGAAGGUUUGAAGAAGAAACUGGAUAAUCUGCUGUUAGACGUGAUCAAUGGCGAAGUGGAUGAAAGAGAAUGGGAUUGUGUAAAAAAAAGGAAGGGGGAACAUACGAAGAAGAGGGAGAGGAGGCAACAUGUUGCAGGGGUAAGUGACGAUGAUUUCCUUGAAACAGCCCCAACCAGCAUCCGUAAUGUCCCCAAUAAUGCGAAGGAGCAGAAAGAAAGUGUUGGGGACAAAUGUUCAGCAGAGAAGGCGUCUGGAGAUAAUUAUUCAGGUGUGCAGGGUGAAGAUGGUAGUGGAAGGUUAUUUACUAUGGUUGAAACACUAGGGGCGAAAAUGGAUAAUAUUCAGAUAUCGUUUUCUAGAGCAAUAGCGGAAGUUGUGUUCAAACUUCAAGGUAUGGAGAGUAGGAUGGGUAACUUUGAGAGUGACGUUCAACUAUUGAAGAAAGUUGUUAUCAACACAACGGAUGGAGGAGCGCAUACGCAAGGACCUCUUACAUUAAGAAAUGACGAACAAAAAAUAGAGGAGAUAAAGCAUUCGGACAAGGAUGGUUAUAAAGUUGCUAGUUGUGUUAGGAAUCCGUUAGCCAUUAAGGAUAAGGUCAUGUGGUCUGGGAGUAUUAAAAUCGAACCAGAGGACAGUGUAGAGCGAAUUCCAAAGCAGAUGGUAGACAGUGUACAGCGUGUCAAAAGAGUACAGAGUUGGGAGACAGAGGAAGGCGAUAAAAGAGCAAAGUAUAAUGACAAAGUUGAUGGAGCAGGUGCUCAACCCGUUCCUAUUAAUGUUAUCCAUCCGGUAAGUGGUGGUAACCCUGGCUCGUCGGAUCGAAAGUGCGAAUCUGUUGUGGAUUUAACCAAGGGGACCAGCAGUCCUGCAUCGUCUCAUACAGUGAAAGAUAAGGAGAAAGCCAGGGUUAAACCCUAA